AAGAGCCGAGUGGCGGGGCCAGGAGCCUUAGAAAAGAGCUGAAAGGUUGGGAGGGGGAACCACUUCCACGAGGCAAAAGGGUCGGCCUUAGAGAGACCGAAGAGGCCCGAGCAUUUCCGGAGCGAGCCGAAGCAGCCCCGACAGUUUCCGGAGGCGGCCGAGGGGCUCCGCGCGGCGACGCUGAAACGCAAACAUGGCGGCGGCCGGCGCUGCUGCCGCUGAGCCGAACGAGGAGCUGGCGCCCGCGGCCGAAGCGCUGGCCGCAGCCCGAGAGCGGAGCAGCCGCUUCCUGAGCGGCCUGGAGCUGGUGAAGCAGGGCGCCGAGGCGCGCGUAUUCCGCGGCCGCUUCCAGGGCCGCGCGGCCGUGGUGAAGCACCGCUUCCCCAAGGGCUACCGGCACCCGACGCUGGAAGCGCGGCUCAGCCGGCGGCGGACUGUGCAGGAGGCCCGGGCGUUGCUCCGCUGUCGCCGCGCAGGAAUAUGUGCCCCAGUUGUCUUUUUUGUGGACUAUGCUUCCAACUGCUUAUUUAUGGAAGAAAUCGAAGGCUCAGUGACUGUUCGAGAUUAUAUUGAAUCCACUCUGGAGACUGAAAAAUCUCCCCAAAGUCUCCUGGGCUUAGCCAGGACAAUUGGGCAGGUUUUGGCUCGAAUGCACGAUGAAGACCUCAUUCAUGGUGACCUCACCACAUCCAACAUGCUCCUAAAACCCCCCCUGGAGCAGCUGAACAUUGUGCUCAUAGACUUUGGGCUGAGCUUCAUUUCAGCGCUUCCGGAAGACAAGGGAGUUGACCUGUACGUGCUAGAGAAGGCCUUCCUCAGUACCCAUCCCAACACUGAGACUGUGUUCGAAGCCUUUCUGAAGAGCUACUCCACCUCCUCCAGAAAGGCCAAACCAGUGUUAAAAAAAUUAGAUGAGGUGCGCCUCAGAGGGAGAAAGAGAUCCAUGGUGGGCUAGAAGAAUUCUCUGUGUGACAACCACAGGCAGGAAGCUGUUCACAGCACAUUUGAAGGAGGCCAUGAGUACGAGAUGCUACCUAAAUAAAGAUGGUCGGGUGAUUUUCA